GUAUACAGUAUAUAUAUGCGUGUGUGUGACGGUGUGCUGUGCUCCAGGAUCGCCGUGUUCUCCAUCACGGUCCUCCACGAUGAGAGGGUGGUGGUGGUGGCGGAGCAGAGACCUGACUCCACAGAGGAGGACAGCUUCCAGUGGAUGAGCAGAGUGCUGCAGGCCAUCGACGGUAUCCACCAGGUGGGGGUCUACUGCCUGGCUCUUGUGCCCUCCAACACGCUGCCCAAGACGCCCCUGGGUGGGCUGCACCUGUCAGAGACCAAGCAGCUGUUCCUGGAGGGCCGGCUGCACCCCUGUAACGUCCUCAUGUGCCCCCACACCUGUGUGACCAACCUUCCCAAACCCCGGCAGAAACAGCCUGAGGUGGGUCCGGCCUCGGUGAUGGUGGGGAACCUGGUGUCUGGGAAGAGGAUCGCCCAGGCCAGCGGCCGGGACCCGGGGAACCUUGAGGACCAGGACCAGUUCCUCUUUCUGUCCGACGUCCUGCAGUGGCGGUCCCAGACGACCCCGGACCACGUCCUCUACAGCCUGCUGAACUCCAGGGGGGCGGUCAGCAGCUCCCUCACCUGCCUCCAGCUCCACAAGAGAGCAGAGAAGAUCUCCGCCAUGCUGGGAGAGAGAGGACAGCGGCUGGAGGGGGACCACAUCGCCCUCGUCUACCCCCCAGGCAUUGACCUGAUCGCGGCGUUCUACGGCUGUCUGUACGCGGGCUGCGUCCCCGUCACUGUGCGGCCCCCCCACCCCCAGAACAUCUCCACCACCCUGCCCACCGUCAAGAUGAUCGUGGAGGUGAGCCGCUCGGUGUGUGUGAUGACCACCCAGCUCAUCAGUAAGCUGCUGAGGUCCAAGGAGGCGGCGGCGGCGGUGGAGGUCCGCAGCUGGCCCCCGGUGCUGGAGACAGAUGACCUCCCUAAGAAGAAGCCCUCUCUGCUCUUCAAGCCGUCCAACCCUGAGAGCCUCGCCUACCUCGACUUCAGCGUGUCCACCACCGGCAUGCUGGCCGGGGUCAAGAUGAGUCACGCCUCCACCAGCGCCUUCUGCCGCUCCAUCAAGCUGCAGUGCGAGCUGUACCCGUCACGGGAGGUGGCCGUCUGCCUGGACCCCUACUGCGGCCUGGGCUUCGUGCUCUGGUGCCUCUCCAGUGUGUACUCAGGCCACCAGUCCAUCCUGAUCCCCCCGGCGGAGCUGGAGCUGAACCCGGGGGUCUGGCUGCUGGCCGUGAGCCAGCUGAGGGUCCGAGACUCCUUCUGCUCCUACAGCGUCAUGGAGCUGUGCACCCGCAGCCUGGGCCAGCAGACCGACGGGCUCAAGGCGAAGGGUCUGGACCUGUCUCGCGUGCGGACCUGCGUGGUGGUGGCGGAGGAGCGGCCCCGCACCGCCCUCAGCCAGUCCUUCUCCAAGCUCUUCAGGGACCUGGGGCUCCACACCCGCGCCGUCAGCACCUCCUUCGGCUGCAGGGUCAACCUGGCCAUCUGCCUGCAGGGUACCUCGGGCCCCGACCCCACCACCGUCUACGUGGACAUGAGGGCCCUGCGGCACGACCGGGUGAGACUGGUGGAGAGGGGGUCGCCCCACAGCCUGCCCCUCAUGGAGUCUGGGAAGAUCCUGCCCGGGGUCCGCAUCAUCAUCGCUAACCCAGAGACCAAGGGGCCAAUGGGAGAGUCUCAUCUGGGAGAGGUGUGGGUGACCAGCGCUCACAACGCCAGCGGUUACUUCACGGCGUACGGCGAGGAGGGGCUGCAGGCGGACCACUUCACGUCCCGGCUCAGCUUCGGCGACACGCAGACCGUCUGGGCCCGGACCGGGUACCUGGGCUUCCUGAGGCGCACCGAGCUGACCGACGCCAACGGAGAGCGCCAUGACGCGCUCUACGUGGUGGGGGCUCUGGACGAGGCCAUGGAGCUGCGGGGGAUGAGGUACCACCCCAUCGACAUCGAGACCUCCGUCAUCAGGACCCACAAGAGCAUCACCGAGUGCGCGGUCUUCACGUGGACCAACCUGCUGGUGGUGGUGGUGGAGCUGGAGGGCUCGGAGCAGGAGGCCCUGGACCUGGUGCCCCUGGUGACCAACGUGGUGCUGGAGGAGCACUACCUGGUGGUGGGCGUGGUGGUGGUGGUGGACAUCGGGGUCAUCCCCAUCAACUCCCGCGGGGAGAAGCAGCGCAUGCACCUCCGGGACGGGUUCCUGGCCGACCAGCUGGACCCCAUCUACGUGGCCUACAACAUGUAGGGAGAGGGGGAGGGGGAGGGGGAUAGGGGGAGGGGGGCAGAGAGAGAAAGGGAGAGACAGGGGGUGGGGGGGAGGGGGAGACAGAUAUAGGGGGGGGAGAGCUGGAGGGAGAGAGAGAGGGGGAGAGGGAGGGAGUGAGUGAGGGAGAGGGAGAGAGGGGGAGGGAAAGGGGGGAGAGGGGGGCAGAGGGAGAGAGAUAGGAGGGAAGAGGGAGAGAGACUGUGAAAAAAAGCCUUAAGUAGUUGGAUGAAGAAAGUCAGCCUAACUUUGUGGAGGUUUACAAAUUAAACAAACGCACCCAGACUCUUCAGUAGCGCCGUGUCUACGGGCCGCCGGACGGGACAAUCCCAGCCUCAGUGUUUAGAGCUUCUUUCUGUUUCAGGGCAGCUUUGUGUUUCGCUGCUGCCCUUUCAGAUGUGGACCUGGGGUCUUUUGUAAAGCAGAAAUUCUCAACAAACUGUGGCACGCUAUGCUUUCCGUUGACCAUGUUUCUAAAUGGUGUAACCGUCACGAAGUUGUGUUUUGCUACGGGGGGCUCCACUCCACCGCUCAUAAGGUACGACGCGUUUCUCAAAUUUUAUUUAGCUUAUAUUAGCUGUCGUCGUUUCUUACAGGGUUAGCUCCUCCGCCAGGGGAGCUAGCUAGAGUAACGCUGCUCACACAGCGAGGGCAGAAUCACUUCCACUAGCGUAGAGCUAGCAUAGAGCUAGCGUAGAGCGAGCACCGCACGCAUAUCCUGUAAGUAUGUACAGAAGAAGAAGAAGAAACCGGACUUAAUUUAUUUGUUUUUCAUUUUUAAAACGGAUCUAUGGAGUGGUUCUAGGAGGUUCUCGGUAUAAAAUGUUUUAUCUCCUGUGGAACCAUGUCUCUAUGGAGGGAUGAUUCUAUGAAUAUAGAUCUAUAGAUCUAUGAAUAUAGAUCCAUAGAUGUAGGUUUGUAGAUCAGUACAUUUAUAAAUAUAGAUCUAUAGAGGUAUGAAUAUAGAUCUAUUAUUAUAGAUCUAUAUGGAUAUAGGAUUAUGGAUCUGUACAUUUAUGAAUAUAGAGCAAUAGAUCUAUGAUUAUAGGUAUAUUGGUAUAGAUGUAUAGAUCUAUGAAUAUAGAUCUGUAUUGGUGCUGACCAUGUGCACUCCGACACCGGUGGUAAAGCGAAAUACAAGAAUUUGAGUCGGUCGAUUUUUUGGGGACAGAAGUGAAGAAUUGAGGAGUAUAAUUUUAAACGUCAUAAUUAAGUGCCACUAAUGUUUCCUCAAAGCUAAGCUUUAAAAAAAUGUGCCAUUCUUUGUCAGAUUUCAGUGUUUUUUUGACAAGAAUUUUCUUUGGGUCUUUUAAGAAAAGUGACCUUUUUACAAUUACCAGUCCAUUUUCUGGGAAUAUUAGAAAAGGAAAUCAAAAGGAAGAAGUGAUUCCAGUCAAUUUAUUGAUCAGCAUUUUAAAUAAUGACAUGAAUAAAGUAUUCACUGUUCAAGGUGUAAUAAGCCUGUGGCCAUAUGUUGUGUUUCUGAAUGAAACACAACAUAUCCUCCAUUUAAAAGAAAAAAACAAACAGUGAAUCCAUACCUCGGCUGAUGUCGUUGUUUAUCAGUCGAUCGAUCAGCAUAUCUUCACUGUCCCUGUCUUGUACCCAGGCUUCAAAUUACGCGACUGCAAUACCGCGUUUCAUGUUCCCGAUUAGAGCCUGGCUCUCUUUAAAACGAUCCACCUUUCAGGAGUCGGCUGAGGGCUCUGGACCACAACGUUAAAUUGAGUAGGCAGCGUUAGCAUUGUAAAUACACCGGUAUGUAGCAGUGUCGCCGGUUCAUACCGGGACGACACCCGGACAAUCACCGCAGGACCGACCGUCGCUCCUUCAACAACACGGAACUUUUAUUUUUUUACAAGCACUUUCCUCACUGUUUUGUCUCCGUUCUUCAAUCAGCCAAGUAACUUGCUGACGUUUUUUUUAAGGAUAUGAAAUGUCUUAUUUACUUGAGUUGGCAUAAGUAAAAUAAUAAAAAUCAUUUUGACAA